CGUGGUCCUCUCCUCACGUUAUCCUCUCUUCUCCGUUGAAACCUAGUUAUCAUUAAUCGGAUAAAUUGGCACCUCUCUUUCCAUUUUUGUCUCUUUGCCGGUUCCCUUCCGCUCCCCCUCUUCCUCUAUACGCGGUUAUCAAACCCUAAUUUUCUUUCUCCAUCGUAUUCCUUGUAAUCCUUCGGAAAUUAUAUUGAAACCCUGCUUGUAUUUUUUUUUUAUCGAGAAUUUAAUAGUAUUGGCCGAAUAUCGGAUCCCCUGGAAUCCUUUGGUAAUUGGUAUCAUAAGUUAAUUAUAUACGCAAGAGGAGUGAUAUUCAUCUGGCAAUUGCUUUUUUCUGAGUAGUUGUAUUUUAAUUACCUAGAUAAGUGUACAUUUCCGACAUCUGAUUGAUAAAAAUUAUUCGCAUCACACGACAUCCGGUGCUUUGGUUGAUCUGAGUAUACAACGAAAUGGUAGGAGGGGGAAACAGGAGAGACGAAGGGUCGUUGAUGAUUAACAACACGAACGUUUUUGCUGCGCUUGAUGCUCUUAAGAAGAGGAAGAAGUCCGAUAAGGAACGCAAGAGCAAGGGGUCCUCUAAAUCACAGGUUCAGUCGAAGGAACCUGAACCCCAGGUGUUCUGGGCUCCCACUCCCUUGAAUGCUAAAUCUUGGGCUGACGUUGAUGACGAUGACGAUGACGACUAUUUUGCUACCACUGGCCCGCCUCGGUCUGUCUGGGGUGGUUCCGAGCCGGAGCCGAGUAAGGGGAAGCCGAGUUAUGUAGAGGAUAGUGAGAGUGAAGAAGAUAUUUUAGAUGAGGGAGAUGAUGAUGUGGAGGAAGAACAUGAUCAUGAACCUGAGCUCUUCACAAAACCUGAGCAUGAGGUUAAGAAGCCUGCUGAGGCCCCUCUGGCACCAAAGGAGGCAGAACGACAACUCUCCAAAAAAGAAAGGAAGAAGAAAGAACUUGCAGAGCUUGAGGCUCUUCUGGCUGAUUUUGGUGUUACACAGAAAGAGAGUAAUGGUCAAGAUGAGUCACGAGGUGCACCUCAGGAUAAGAAAGAUGCCGAAGCUGAUGGAGAAAAGAAAGAAAACAUCACUGUGGAGUCCAAAAGUGCCAAGAAGAAGAAAAAGAAGGAUAAAGCCUCCAAGGAGGUGAAAGAAUCGCAGGACCAGCCCAACACUGCUGAUACAAACAAUGUUGGUGAUGAGGUUACUGCUCUAGAAAACGCGGAGGAGGAUACGUCAACUGUUGAUGUUAAAGGGCGUCUUAAGAAAGUCGCAUCAACAAAGAAGAAGAAAUCAAGUAAGGAAAUGGAUGCUGCUGCAAGGGCUGCUGCCCAAGAGGCUGCUGCGAGGAGCGCUAGGCUUGUGGCAGCAAAGAAAAAAGAGAAGAACCAUUAUAAUCAACAACCUGUGCGGUAGAACUGUAGAAGUAUCUGUUCCUGUGUUUUUUUGGGCCAUCAGUAAAAGUAUCUGUUCGCUAACGUUCAUUUAGGAAUGUGUAUUACUUGUUUAUAUGAUGGUGCAGAAUAAACAGGUGGCUCUUACGUUUCUGGUUGUAUUGUCAUGGGUUACCCCCCCC